CCCAGCGCCCCCCCCAGGGCGUCCCGCGGAGGAGGGGGGGGGUGACACGGGGCUCCCCCCGCUGCUCAGGGCCAGCCCCGGCAGCUUGAGCGACAGCUCCCCCGGCCGGCACACCGCCGGGACGGCCAAUCCCCGCGGGCAGCGGCGGGGGGAGGCGGUGCUGUGUGCCCCCCCCCUCGUCCUCUCCAUCCCCCCCGCGCUGCCGGUGUCUCUUUCGCAGGUGGCACCAUGGGGACAGGUUGUGCCACCGUGCCCGGGACCCCUCCUGCCGCCAGCCCCCAGCCGGCCCCGGCGCUGCGCUGCUGAGGAGCUCGCCCCAGCCCGGGCAUGUGCUGCUGGAGGGUGCCACGGCCCCCCCCCCGCCGGCGGGCAGCCCGGGCCCCGUGAGCACCCGGCGAGCCCCAGCCCGGCCGCACGGCCACCACCAUGGCCCAGGGCUGGGAGGACGCGGAGAUGACGGUGCCCGGGCGGUCGCGGAGCUCGAGCAGCGAGGUCAGCCUGGCGCCCCGCUGCCUGCUCAGCAAGCAGAGCCGCCUGCUCAACGGGGCCGUGCGGAGCGCCCGCGCCACGUCCCCCAUGGGGCGCGUCAUCCUCAUCAACUCGCCCAUCGAAGCCAGCAGCAAUGAGAGCGACGUUAUCAACGCCAUCACGGUGGAGAAGAGCGCGGACGGCAAGCUGGGCUUCAGCGUCCGUGGUGGCUCCGAGCACGGGCUGGGCAUCUUCGUGAGCAAGGUGGAGGAGGGCAGCGCUGCCGAGCAGGCUGGGCUGUGCGUGGGCGACAAGAUCACGGAGGUGAACAGCGUGAGCCUGGAGAACAUCACCAUGAGCAGCGCCGUCAAGGUCCUCACCGGCAACAACCGCCUGCGCAUGGUGGUGCGGCGCAUGGGCCGCGUGCCGGGCAUCAAGUUCUCCAAGGAGAAGACGGCCUGGGUGGACGUGGUGAACAGGCGCCUGGUGGUGGAGAAGAGCGGCUCGACGCCGUCGGAGAGCGGCUCAGAGGACGGCCUGCGGCGCAUCGUCCACCUCUACACCACCUCCGACGACUACUGCCUGGGCUUCAACAUCCGCGGCGGCCGCGAGUUCGGCCUCGGCAUCUACGUCUCCAAGGUGGACCCCGGGGGGCUGGCAGAGCAGAACGGCAUUCGGGUGGGCGACCAAGUCCUUGCAGCCAACGGAGUCAAGUUCGAAGACAUAAGCCAUAGCAAGGCGGUGGAGGUGCUCAAGGGGCAGACCCACAUCAUGCUGACCAUCAAGGAGACCGGGCGGUUCCCUGCCUACAAGGAGAUGGUGGCCGAGUACUGCUGGCUCAGCCGCUUGACCAACGGGCAGCUGCAGCAGCUGUCGCAGACGUCAGAGACCAGCUCCUCCAUCUCCUCCUACUCUUCGGGGCCACCACCGGCGGCGGUGAACGGGCUGGGGACGGCGGCCCCGGGGCCACCCACCCGCACCGUGGACGUGGCCAUCUCCACGGAGGACGGGCCGCGGCGGGGCUGGGCACGGGAGCGCGCCGAGCGGGCCAUGCAGACGGACCCAGCCACCGAGGGGCUGCCGGAGACGCGGCGCACCAUGCGGCCCCCCGAGCUGCUGCGGGACACGGCCAUCCGGGGCCAGGGCACCCGCGAGCCCCCCGGUACCCACCCGCGCCGCACCUUCAGCCACUCGCCCAAAACGGCGCUGCUGCUGGCGCUCAGCCGGCCUCGGCAGCCCAUCACACGCUCCCAAAGCGACCUCACCGUCGCUGAGGAGAAGCGGAAGAAGGAGAAGCCGGAGGGACAGGGGGCACAGGGGCCCCCCCCCCGGGCUGCACCGCUCCAAGACCCUCGUCAACCUCUUCUUCAAGGGCGGCCGUGCCACCAGCCAGAGCUGGGCCCCCCCCAGCCAGGACCCCCCCCGGCUCCGAGCGCCGGGCACGCGCCAAGUCCCCGGGGCGCCCCGAUGGGGACAGAGGUACCGACUGGGGGACAGGGACCUGGCCUGGCACAGGUCCCCCCUUAUGGUGCACCACAUGGGGGGGAGCGUGGAAAGGGGGUGCCCCCGUGUUCACAGUUUCAUCCUCCCCCCGGGUGCUCACCUGUCUCCAUCUCCCUUGCAGUAGGCGCCGUGCAGAAGUUUGUCAUCCGGAGCCUGAAGCGGGAGAAAAGCCGCCGUGCCAGCAUCCUGGCCCUGGCCGGCCCCACGGCCCCGCAGCCCAACGGCAGCGACCCCGAGGCACGGCUCCCGCUCAUCCAGGACACGGCGGCGCGGCUGCUCAGCCCCGACGAGGUGACGGCCGUGCUCCGCCACUGCACCCGGUACCUGCACGAGGGCAGCGUGGAGGAUCUGGUGAGGCCGCUGCUCGCCAUCCUGGACCGGCCCGAGAAGGUGCUGCUGCUGCGGGACGUGAGGAGCGUGGUGGCCCCCACGGACCUGGGCCGCUUCGACAGCAUGGUGAUGCCCCUGGAGCUGGAAGCCUUCGAUGCCCUCAAGAGCCGCUCAGUGCGGUCGCCUGCCCUCCGCCCGGCCCACCACGACUCCCCCCCCAAGAGACACCUCAUCACGCCAGUGCCUGGAAGCCAGCGGGGGCCCCGGAACUGGAGGAAGCUGGGGGGCUGCCGUCGAGCCCGUCCCGUCCACGGGCAUCCCCCAGCCCCCACCGGCUUCACCCCCGCUCCUACACCCCGCUCCCCGACGUGCCAGUGGACGCCUACGCCAGCACCAGCGGCCCCUCGCCCACCCCAGGGCCAGGACCCCCCAACUGGCUGCUGGCCGAGCCCCCCCCGCGAGGGGCGCAGGCGCUCGCGCAGCCCCCAGCCCACCCGGCGCACGGAGCCCCCCGGGGUGGGCGAGGACGGGCGCUGCUCAGGGCUGGGAAAGCCCCGGAGGGCACAGGCCCCCCUCGCACCCCUCUUUGGGGGGCCAGGAGGGGAGGCGGGAGGUGAGCCGGCCACUAACGGCCCCAAGGAGGAGGAGGAGGAGGAGGAGGAAGAGCGGCUGCUGACCGUCACCCUCUCCAAGCUGAAGCACUCGCUGGGGAUCAGCAUCUCGGGUGGCAUCGAGUCGCGGGCGCAGCCGGUGGUGAAGAUCGAGAAGAUCUUCCCCGGGGGAGCCGCCUUCCUCAGCGGCGUCCUCAAGGCGGGGCACGAGCUGGUGUCGGUGGACGGCGAGAGCCUGCAGAACGUGACGCACCAGCGGGCCGUGGACAUCAUCCGCCAGGCGUACCGCAACAAAGCCAAGGAGCCCAUGGAGCUGGUGGUGCGGGUGCCCGGCCGCCCCCCGGAGUGACACCAAAAAUACCUGCCCCCCCCCCCCCCCCCCCCCGGGGCUGAGAAGCCUUCCCGCGACCCCACGGAGCCGGCUCAUUCCUGCAGCGAGCUGUGGCCGGCCUCAGCGGGCAGGGACAGGGGACCCGCGGGCACCGAGGAGCUGCCCAAAGAGGGACCGAGGUGGGGGCACG